UUGACGUUUAGGGCUCUAACCCAGAUAUAUUUUUCAUUCAUGCACUUGGGGAAAUCCUCCAUUUUAUAUUUUAUCGGCUCCAAACAGAAAAUCAAUAGCAAAGUCAGAAACCCUUGGUUGAUAAAAUGGAAGAAAAUCCCACAGUAAGUCCUACAACAACACCAACAAACAGCGGCAACAAAACGACGCAGGAACUUGCAUCAGAGGGUCUAAAACAUCUAGAAGAAACCAUUGAAGCUGCUUUUCAAAUCCUCUCUUCCAUGAACGACGAGCUUUGCAACCCUGCCUUAUGGUCCACCAAUCCUACUACUAAUAACACUACUACUAAUACUGCUGGACCUAACGGUUCUUCUCUCUCCAACGGCGUCGUUUUAGGAAACGGUGAUUCGUCGUCCGACGGUGGACAUCACUUGGAGAUGGGUGGAAUUGGAGGUAGUGGCAAUGGUGCGCUCGAUGAAGCUCGCCUUAGGUAUAAGAACUCCGUCGCUGCUCUUCGCACUGUGCUCACCGCCAUUCCCAAUUCUCAGAAGGCAAAAGCAUUUGAAACGGGUUCAACGGCGACUAGUCCUGCAGAUGAAGCUGAUAUUGAAAAGCUGGAAGAAGAAGCCUCGAAUCUCAGGAAGGAGCUUGCAAACAAGAAUCUAUACAUAAAGCGUCUAAUAGAUCAACUACGGGAGCUUAUUACGGAUGUAUCGACUUGGCAAAGUCCUUGUUCCAUGUAAAGUUUGGACGAUAAAACUGACUUAUCUCAGUUGCCGAAAAGAGUGCCCUAGGAGGUAAAUAUGAAACCAGAUAUCUACAUUGAAUGAUGAUGAUAUGGUUUACUUGGAGGAAAAUUACCUUUUAUAGGUGCUAUUUGUGUUAUUUGAUGAUAGUGCUUAAGAGUUUGAAUGAGACAUGACACAUAUACUCACAAGUUACUUAAGUUUGACUACAAAAAAGAUCGAGUUCAGCUCGAUCAUUAUCAAGUUGGGCUUGAGAUUGCUUUGUGGAACUAAUCAAAUUCGAGUAUCCUAAUGCUUUAUUCAAUCAGCUUCUUUUGAUUGUUUUGUUUUCUUAUUUUGUAUUAGAACUUGAGCUCGAAGUCGAGUCCGAUCAUUGGGUAUCGGCUUUCAACUUGUGCUUGAGCUUUUUAUAGCUUGAACUCAAUUUAUUUAUUUUUCUUUUAGUUUCUUGUAA